GUUUUCUCGCCGCCGCCUCCCCGAAACCCCUCCCCGCCAAGCGCGGCUCCGCGCUCCUCGAAACUUACCGCCGGGCGCCGCUCCUGGGGAGCCGCCGGGCCCGCGCCGCCGCCCCGGAGGCCCCGCGGAGUGUGUGUGCACUAGCACUGUCUGAAGCUCCCUGUCACUAAUAGCCCAUAUAUAAUUUGGAAGGAGAAAUCUUCAAUGGAAGACCCCGAGGGAAUAAAUGGGAAGUCUGUGCAGAAGUCCCAAACCAGUUCAGAUGUUGCUGUUUCCUCAAGCUGCAGGUCUAUGGAAAUGCAGGAUCUAGCCAGCCCACACAGACGACUAAGUGGUAGUAGUGAAUCCCCCAGUGGUCCAAAACUUGAUAACUCCCAUAUAAAUAAUAAUUCCAUGACACCCAAUGGCACAGAAGGUGACAUGACCCUCCUCAGCACUGCAGACUGGCUGCUCAGCCCUAGCACACAGAGCCCCGCAGUUAAAACAGAACCAAUGAACAGCAGUGAGAUCGCUACUACUACUACCACAGACGGGUCUUUAGACAAUUUCUCAGGAUCAGCAAUUGGAAGCAGUGGUUUCAGCCCAAGACAAACACACCAGUUCUCCCCACCACAGAUUUACCCUUCCAACAGACCCUACCCACAUAUUCUCCCUACCCCGUCCUCACAAACGAUGGCUGCCUAUGGGCAGACACAGUUCCCAGCGGGAAUGCAGCAAGCUACAGCCUAUGCCACUUACCCCCAGCCCGGCCAGCCCUACGGAAUCCCUUCCUAUGGUGCAUUGUGGGCAGGCAUCAAGACAGAAGGUGGAUUGGCACAGUCACAGUCACCUGGACAAACAGGAUUUCUCAGCUACGGUGCCAGCUUUAGCACACCUCAACCUGGACAGGCUCCCUAUAGCUACCAGAUGCAAGGCAGCAGUUUUACAACAUCAUCAGGAAUAUAUGCAGGAAAUAAUUCACUCACAAAUUCUACUGGAUUUAAUAGUUCACAGCAGGAAUAUCCCUCUUAUCCCAGUUUUGGCCAGGGCCAAUAUGCACAGUAUUAUAAUAGCUCACCAUACCCUUCACAUUACAUGACAAACAGCAACACCAGCCCUACGACACCCUCCACAAAUGCAACAUACCAGCUUCAAGAACCACCAUCUGGCAUCACCAGUCAAGCAGUUACAGAUCCUGCAGCAGAAUACAGUACAAUCCACAGUCCGUCAACCCCCAUCAAAGAUUCAGAUUCCGAUAGAUUGCGUCGUAGCUCAGAUGGGAAAUCACGUGGACGUGGCAGAAGAAACAAUAAUCCUUCACCACCACCUGACUCUGAUCUGGAGAGAGUAUUCAUUUGGGAUUUGGAUGAGACAAUCAUCAUUUUCCAUUCCUUGCUUACAGGGUCCUAUGCUAACAGAUAUGGAAGGGAUCCUCCCACUUCUGUGUCCCUUGGACUCCGAAUGGAAGAGAUGAUUUUCAAUUUGGCGGACACACAUCUGUUCUUCAACGAUUUAGAAGAAUGCGACCAGGUUCACAUUGAUGACGUGUCUUCGGAUGACAACGGUCAAGAUUUAAGCACGUAUAACUUCGGAACCGACGGCUUUCCCGCGGCUGCCACCAGUGCCAACCUGUGCCUGGCGACCGGCGUGCGCGGAGGAGUGGACUGGAUGCGGAAACUGGCCUUCCGCUACAGACGAGUAAAAGAAAUAUACAACACCUACAAAAACAACGUGGGAGGUCUUCUUGGUCCAGCAAAAAGAGAGGCUUGGUUACAACUGAGAGCAGAAAUUGAAGCUUUGACAGAUUCUUGGUUAACACUUGCACUGAAAGCACUCACCCUCAUACAUUCGAGGACAAACUGUGUGAACAUUCUCGUAACAACUACUCAGCUAAUUCCAGCACUGGCAAAAGUCUUGUUGUACGGACUAGGGGUUGUAUUUCCCAUAGAGAACAUUUACAGUGCAACUAAAAUAGGAAAGGAAAGUUGUUUUGAGCGAAUAAUUCAACGAUUUGGAAGAAAAGUAGUGUAUGUUGUCAUAGGAGAUGGUGUCGAAGAAGAACAAGGCGCAAAAAAGCAUGCUAUGCCGUUUUGGAGGAUCUCGAGCCACUCUGACCUUAUGGCCCUUCACCAUGCCUUGGAACUGGAGUACUUGUAGCAGCUUAGCAGCACUUUCAAACCUCAGAGCCUCCUUCUGCCCGUGGAUGAGAUGCCUGUGUCCUGUGUCAGCAUUGGACUGCAGAACUUUGUGAUUUCAGCAUGUUGACGUACAGCUGCAGUCGGGGUUAACCCUUGCCCUUUCAGAGAAUGGAGGAGCAUGUCCUUUUCUUCAGAACAGCUGUUGGCUCCGGCACUGCGAGCCCAACCAAAAUAAGCCAUGCGAGUGUUUGAACAACUCAUCCCGACCGUAUUUGCUACCAAAAAGAAAUAGAGAAGGAAAAAAUAAAAUGGGAAAAAAAUAAAAAAUAAAAAAGAAGAAAAGAAAAGAAAAGAAGAGGUUCAUACCUGUGAAGAAGAGAAAAAGGACCUGCAAAUGCUUUGUAGUUUUUAGCCUCUUCAAUGUGACACACACCAUUUCUUCAACACAGCAAACCUGAUUGCACAAUGAAGACUGAGAUUUUACAAAAUACCAGUGGAGUAAUUUUCUUAUAAAGAAGGUUUACGUUUUGGUUUCUCAUACCCAGGGUACUCUGUACAUCUUUACUUAUUUAUGAACAGACUGUAUUUUGACAUCAUAUAACUGAGGAUAUGUAUAAUAGGAUUAAAGGCUAUUAUAAGCCUUUGCCUUAUGGUACAGCAACUACUUUUGAUUUUAGCACAUUACAGAGUAGUUUAAAAUAUGUCUAAUUUAAACUAAUAGGUACAUCACUGAGACAAUCAUGUACAGGAAGAAUUUUUUGUGUAAAUUUGUAAUAAUGAAUGAUUCUUUUACAUAUUGUUAAGGUAAAUGCUAUUGAAAGAUAGUAACGCCUUGUUGGUGAAGAAUGAGGCCACGUGUGCACAAACUUGUGCAGUGCCUUAUCAAUGUGUUGGAUAUAAAUAUGUAGAUAAUGGAUUUUUUUUAGAUAAAUUUGUCAAGACCAAAAGCAUGGAUGUCAAGUGUCAAUAGGAAUUGGGUUUUGUUCUCAGCUGUUUCUCUGCCAUUUUCUUCUCUCACCCACUCUGAUUAUGAAAAGAUUGAUUUUGUGUGUCCCCCCUGGUUGAAGCAAAUACAGAUAAGACCCAAGUGAAGAGGAGGCCUUUAUUGUCUCUUUGUUUCCUCUUUUAAAGUUAACAUAUUAACUCUUUCUAAGAGUAUUAAAAAAUUAAUUAGGAGGUCAUUCCAUAAAGAAAUAGAGAAAGAACACAAAUAUAUUUUAAGAUGUAACUUAAACUGGAACCUUGGUACUGAAUAGCUUUUGUCUCAUUCAAAAAUGAAGGAAAUUAUCAUCACUAAUAUUUUUAGAAAUUAGAAAUGAGAAUAUUUUGGAGAAAUUAAACAAGAAUGCUCAUGAACAUUUAAGUUUUUUAAUCCUCUUCCACCAGGAGUCAGAUUUUCCUAAGAUAUAACAUCCAUUGCCGGCAAUGGAAAUGCUGAAAUGGUUAUCACCAAGGAGUUAAAAUUUGCUUUUGUCUGUACUAACUUAAAGGACAAAUCUAGACCGUGUCUGUCUGUGACUUGUGACUUUUCUGAUCUUGAAGGCUUUGAGCUACUUGGUUAAAUAAACUGUUAGUCUGACUUUUUUUUGGCUUGAAUUGUACCAAUUCCCUUGGCCCAGUUAAAUAUCUAAUUAAAAAGACACCUCACCUUUGUUGUUAAUUUUCUGGUUUUUCUUCUUUCAUUUUUUUUUUUAAAAACCACCAGCCUCAAAACAGCUACCUGCAAAGCUACAGAGCACCAAUGUAGCUACAAACCAACACCCUUCUCUAUUGGAGGAAUCACAUUGCUGCUAGGAUAAAAUAUUUGUGGAUUGCCUUAGUACCAACAGAGAGGUUUUUAUCUCACCAAGACUUGCACAUGUGCUUUAUUUUACCCAGUAUGAGUUCUGCAACUCAUGCUAGACUCACAUGCGUGCAUAAAGCACAUUGUGGAUAGUUUUUUAGAAUUGAGACUAUCAUUAGCCUUUUCUUUCUCCAAGCAAAGUAGACAGUGAUGGGGGGGAUUGGUUGUCUUUUUUUUCCUUGGCUCUUUUCAAUUUUUAGUCACUCGCGGACUGAAAAAAAAUAACAGUUUGUCUGGGCCUUAUUGUACAAAAAGUGUGUUGUGUCCACAAUUGUGUACAGAAUUUUUCUUCAUUAAUUUUGUUUUAAAUUAAUAAAAUUGAUUUGUGAACGUAUUAAACAAUUGUCUUGUAUGCAAGUCUGUGAUAUUUCUGCCCUCUGGAUUGGGAAUGAGGAGACAUCUCUCAUCUCUUUGCUGUCUCAAGAUACAGAAGUUAUUCACCUUCUGGUGCCCAGCUGAGAUGUUAAAUAGGUUAAAGAAUACUUGCAACUAAUUUACAGAAAGCUCAGUUAGAUGAGCAGUUGUUUUGCUUAUCAGCAGCAGCUUAUUCUGCACUGACUGCUUAUGGUCAGUGCAGAAUAAGGCCUUGGUGUCCUGGAAAUGUCUCUAAGUGACUCAUAGCAAAUGCCUGAACUUCAUGGUGCCUCUGUCAUCCAAAGCAACCCAUAUGCUGAAUGGAUGAGUCUGCCAUUCAGGCAUCUCACUCGGGGCUACAAGUCCCAUCCUCUGAGGUUUAAGAGGCCUGAAUAUCUGAGAAUUCAGGACUGGCAUUUAACUUUACCAAGCAUGGAGCAGGGCUGCCCUUUAAAUUGGGAAGAAUGCCAGUGACCACCAUUUUAUAGCAGUUUUAUAGUUUUGUUGUAACACAUGGUCUGGUGAAGAUCCCUCUUUGCUUCUCUGCCCAUCAGUGAGAGCCUUGGCUGCCAGCAGGUUAUUCCUUACUCUCACUUGCUGGUCUAGUGAGACCUAACAAAUGGAAGAAAAUCCAAGGACCUGCUUCUACAUACUUAGCACUACCAGGGAAAUUGCAUGCUCAGAGUUGAAUUAAAUGUUUUCAGCACAGCACCAAUAAUGCUGGAAAUUAGUGUGAUGAAGUAAGCACUUAAAUGCCCCCCUGAAGUCAGUGUCUUUCUUGCUGAGCAACUAAAUAUGCAGAAAAAUAUUUUUUUUUAAGUAGCAUCAUAUGAAAACCCAUUUUAAAUCCAAAUCUUGUAAGAAAGCAAGGAGUCCUAUAGAGUGAAGGAGAUAAUGUAGGCAGCUCAUAAACUUGGGGUUCACUUUUUGGAACAUGUCAGUACUGCUUGAAGUUUCCAUUUCUUAGAUGGACACUGAUAAAAAUGUUCAGCUGUAAUGGUUUUUAUUCUAAGAAUAACACAUAUGUAACUUUGAGGUAGUGCCAAGAAAGUGAAAUUAAAAAUAAUUAUUAUUUAUGUCUCUCAUGACUGGAAUGCAUGCUCAGUGAGUGAUACCUUUGUCUCAAAAAUGCUUGCAAUGCAAGCCAAUAAAAUAUUGUUAGAAAUUA